AUGUUUGCUAUUAUCCUACCGUUUUCCCUUUUGUCUCUCACAUUUGCAGGCAAUGUGGAGAUCGAAGAAUGUGUUAAACUAGUUGGUGAUAAAAAACGACCAACUGUGAAUUCUUGUCCAGAGGAUCCAGUUUGUUCAUCGAUAUUUGUUUAUGAUCAACGCGCUCCUGAUGAUUUAGUACGAAUGCUGAUGAUUUAGGAUCAAGACUAUAAGAUUCCUGAACUAUGCAACAAGGUUAAAGAUUUCGCAGCAAGAAUGUGCCCGAAAACGUGUGCGAUGUGUUGUAAAACGAAGGAAUUUAACUGUCACGAUGAUCAGCUGUUUUCUUUUAUUUUUAACUUGAAAAAAGAUCGAAUCAUAGAUGUUCGACUUGUUUCCUUUCAGUCAAUAUCGAUGCAUGCCAAA